AUACCGCCGAGUGGAUCCCCAUCCGAGCGCCCCUUGUAUCACACACACACACACAACCAGCCUGGCCCGGUCCCUCCCUAUCUACCCUGUCUCUCCAGAGCAAACCCCCUUUCUUCUUCUUCUCCGUCAACAACAACAUAAACAACAACAAAAUGUCAACCCACAUCCACCUCACAACAGCCUUCACCUCCCUCCUCACCGCCGCCAUCCACUCAAUCCUCUACACCCGCGCCCUCUACCCACGCGCCUCCUUCCUCGCCACCCGCUUCCACAACUACCCCGUCCACCAAUCCCGCCACCCCCUCGUCUGCACCUGGAUCAACGACGCCGUCGCCGCAAUCACCCCUCUCCUCGCCUCCAACUCCCUCGCCCACGUCGUGGUGGUCAUAUACUCCGCCCUGCACGUCCCCCUUGAGCGCUUCGUCUUUGACGUCUCUCGCUUCCCCGUCGUGGCGCCUAGAGAUAGGGAAUUGGUGAUUGAGCGUGCGGAGGCUGCGGGGGCAGGGGCAGGGGCGGUGCCGCCGAGCGACGCGGAGCUGGAGAGGAGGCAUGAUCGGGUUAGUGUGGAGCUAUCGGAGAGCUUCCGGGCCGUCAUGGCGCGGCUGAGCAGCGUGUCGACGAGGCUGGCGCCGUUGCCGCCGGACUGCAGUUUCGCGGUUGCGGUGGAGUUGAAGGAGGAGGCUGAGGCGCCGAUUGGGCAUCCGCAGCCGUGGAUUCCGGCGGAGCCGGGAUUGCAGGUGAGUGGGCGGGUUGGCGAUGGGGACCGGAAAAGGGGUGGGCAGUUGGGUGGUGCGAGGACGGUGCCGGUGCGGGCGGUGGAGGCUGGGGAGAUGGUGCUGGAGGUGUGGGUUGAGGAGGGGAGUGGCAAGAUGGAGGAGGCGAGUCAGGAGACGUUUCCUAGUAGUAGUAGUAGUAGUAGCAGUGGGUUCCAAUGACAAACGAGGAUGCUGAGAAGCUUAUAAGCGAUUAAUUCACAGCGCGAGUCUCAGGGCUCAAAUCUACACUAAUAUGUACAUAUAGAAAGUGCGACCCCCAUGGAUCGUUGACUGGGGGAAAAAACAUAUGGGUAUUCGGAAA